AAAGUCCUGAAUAAGCUACUUUCCACUUAUCUGACGAAUAAAGUCAUCGUUGGCGUUUCACAAGCUUAACUGGUAGACAAAAUGCUGUUUUGCAGGGAUUUUCAUCUGACAGUUAAUUUGUUUGUUAAUUCGCUAUCCAAUACUUUACUGAUUGAUAUUAACAUCUAGAAGUAUUGCUAUAUCUGGUUUUUCGUAAUCUGCCUCAAUUUGACGUUCCUAUUCAUGUUUAAAAAUCCCGGGUCCAUUGAGUAAUUAAUAGAGAAGCCAUACCAAACAAUGAAAUUGUUUCAAUCGCAACAUGUACCACGCGACCAAAAUGUCGUAAGCGUGUGAAAUACAUGGCGCCCCCCUCUGUCGAAAAUCUCGGCCAAUGGUCAUACUCACGUCAUACCUCAUACUUAUUAUAUGGACUGACGUUUAUCUGACUGACAGAGCUAUUUGUAGAUUACGUACAAAUAGCCAUACAUCUGUUUUGUACAGAAAAUUACAGACCAGGCGUCUCCAGUUGGUUAAAUGCUCUAAGCCCUUAUUGAAUCAAAAACGAGAAGUAAUUAACCUCUUUAUUAAAAUGAUUCUAUUUAGGACUUUUUAUUCUAAAGAGUUUUCAUUUCUGAGUCAUAGAAGAAUUUAUAAAUAAAAUGUCAAUGUCAUAUUGAAAGCAAAAUGUAAUGUAAACAAAAUUAAAAUGUAAAAAUCAACGUAUCAGCUAAAUAAUCAAAAUAAGUCUAAAAUGUACAGUAAAAUGUAACGUUUCUAUUUUCAGUUUCAUUGUAGGGUGAUCUGACUUUGAUGAAGGCAGAAAUCAGGCACUCUACAACCCUCGUACAGGUAACUCCUUCGGAAGAAAAAUACGGAUUUUGGCAUGGAUGUCGACUAUGUCCCAUGCUGCCCGAAUUGCGGACAUAAACUCAUGCGCUCCUCUAAAGUGAAAUUCAGGUUAAACAGCUGGGAACGCGGUUGGAGAAGCUGUUCUCGCUUCUCUAACCUCCUAAGGAGAAAAAUAUCUGAAGCAAAAAAUGCAUGGCAAAGGAAAGAGCCAAUCAUAUGUGACGGCUGCGAACGCCGUUGCAAGCAAAUGUACAUGGCACAGAACUUGUGCGUGAGACCACUUCCUCCACAAAAAUCGCCACGCAGGUUAACCGAUACAUCCAUACACAGAGAGCUGAUGCAUGGUGCACGUUUUAAAAACUAUCUUUGCGACGCAAUUUCAAAAGAAGCUAUAAGUGAUGCAGAUUCCGAGCGUUUUGUACGAAAUACCGAAUAUACUGUUGUAAAGAUCGAAGAUGUCCUUAAAGAGAAGCUAUUGGAGGAGUGCUUAAAAUCCGAGAGUAUACGGUAUCGCCCCAUGAAAUUCCCCCGCUUAAAUCACAGUUCUGAGAAACUACGCAUGAUCUUUUUAAAUGAAGCUAUAGACAACUCACUACAACGCAAUUCUAGUAAUUCUGGUUCCGGGGUUACCUUAGAAAAGGAAAGUAAAAUGGAUGUAUCAUCUGAGACAACUGUAACACAAACGUGUUACGAUGGUUCCUGGAAACGGGGGCCUAUGAAAAACCCAUUUCGCUCUUCUCGCGUAUCCAAAGUUGAUAAUAAUCCUGACAAUCUGAUACACAAAAACUCAACCUUCACGAAAUCAAAGGACAUAUUGACUGAAAAUAAAACAGAUGCACGUACACACUCACACAUGGAAACGCAGUACAGUUUAAGAGUAAUUAAAGCAUUUAAGAAGAAAAAGAAACAUAAGUCGCGUUCAAUAGUGAAAAAGCAUUCAGAUGAUACGUAUGAGGGACAAAAGCAAGAACAGUCCAAAGAAUCAAAACUGUGGAAAGAUCAACAAUUAAACUCCAAUAAACGAAAGAGGAAAAAUUGGAUGCUGGUCAAAAAACCAAAGACGUUCAAAGAAACGGGGGUUUCGGCAAAGUUGGACGGACUACAAACCAUACUAGAAAACACUCAAAAAUCAUUGUUCCCACCUGAAGGUAUGAGACAGCAAGCCAUGUACAUAAAUCCAUCACGUCUCCUGAAAAGCUUAUAUAUAACCCGCGAAAAUGUAGACACGCAAUGCGACAUAUUAACUGUAGCAAAACCUAUAGCAUCUUGCAAAUGCUGUCCGCAACGUUUCAACAAUAAAGCCAGUCAGUACUCUGAAGAAAAUAUGAAUAAGGUACAUACGAGGUUUGGAAUGAUGAACCAACAUGAGAAAAUGAUCUUCCAGUGCCAACAGUACCAAUCAAAAAUCAUCCAAAGUCCUUGCAACCACUAUCCUCCUUGUGAACUGGUUCCUUCUUGCUACCAAGCGUGGUACACAGUCAACUAUUGCCUGUUAACUUACGUUGGUGGUGCAGGAGAGAUGUGUUGUCAAAAGCCAAGACUUGAAGAGCUGUGACUGCUCGUGAAUUUUUUUUUGAAACAGACCGCUGAUCGAAUUUGAGUCUACGCUUUGUUUCAACUAAGUAUAUAAUCUAACCUAACCCAACCACUUAGAAAAUGUUUCUCCUCCCGUUAGGUGAAAUGUCAAAAGUUGUGCUUGAAAAGGUAACUGUCAAAUAAAUGUCCAAAGUAACACCUA